CGUUAGAUAAUUUUAACACGUUAUAUCACACGUGUAUCGUUAGAAUGUUUGGAUUUGUUUCGCUUGCUGCAUCAAAACAAAAACAAAACAAAAAUCCAGACAAAUCGUUUUGAAAUCGUUGCACACCUCAUAACUUAAAAUCCGAAUCACACAUUGAAAAUUCAAUAACGGAUUAUUAGAGACGAUAAAAGUUUCAAUUUGAAGUGUCAUCGGCGCCCUGUCAAGCGAUAAAUAUUCGCGAUGGCCGAAUUAUUGGCGGGACAAAUGCAGUACGUGGUUCCAUGCCAUUCAUGGCCAGUUUGACGCGACGUGGUGGACAUUAUUGCGGCGCGUCCAUUAUCAAUGAACAAUGGCUCGUGACAGCUGCACAUUGUGUUUGCACUGGCUUUGACGAAAUAAUGCCGCCUCAUCGUAUACGGGCGAUUGUAGGGUUACACGCAAUAUCGGAAUUUAAACACAAAGACGAUAACACAAUCAACGAUUCAUUUGAAAAAGCUUAUGAAAUUCAAUUUCGCAACAUUGUCGUUCAUCCGAAUUACGAAUGCAAGCGACCUGAUAACGAUAUUGCUCUGCUUGAACUAAGUCAACCGAUUAAAUUCAGCAAAAGUGUACAACCAAUCUGCAUUUCAUCCAAUGGCAAAAACAAGACCUAUGACAACGAAGCGGCUUUUAUAUCAGGUUGGGGCAACUUGGACGAAGAAUUUAACAUUGCAGGAACCAGACCUGAUAUUCUACAAAUAGCUGAGGUACGAGUUUGGAGUAACUACGAAUGUCAAGCAUCGUUCGACCAACAGAAAAAAAUGAAAACAAUUCAAUCGACCCAAAUGUGCGCAGGUAAAAGGUCAGGCGGUGUGGAUGCUUGUUGGGCCGACUCAGGUGGUCCAAUGGUUUCAACAGGUGAUGAUGGUUUGAUUGGUAUUGUAUCAACCGGAAUUGGAUGUGCAAGACCUGGUCUACCGGGCAUUUACACACGCGUCAGUGAAUAUACGCAAUGGAUCCGAGAAAUUGUUUUGGCAAAUUAAGAAUUUUUAUUUCAUUCACAAACCACAGUAUUUGAAGACAUCAGAUGUAAGCAAAAAGACAAAAAUCUGUGAUAGGAAUGUUUAUUCAUAUUUUAGUUAUCAUUUGUGAAUUUCGACUUGAGUUUUUUUUUUAUAUGAGUCGAAAUAAAUAUGAAACUAUUAAAUUGAUCAUCACUAGUCAUAAUCGUGAGCUGCGGGAUAUUAGUUUAAUGAAAAAUGUUAUCAAACAAAACCUCAUACGUGAUAAGAUGUAUUUAUUGAUUUAUUUAU